ACGGCUUAUCAGAGUUCAUAUUAUGUAACACGUAUGCAUGCAAGCAAUGCUGUGGAUGGCAACACUAAUCAAACAAAUGUAGAAUUGUGUAUCCUGACCGGCACUAACCAGUCAUCUAACUGGUGGGAAGUGGAUUUGGGUCAAAACUAUUUCAUCCAUCAGGUCGUCAUUUACUUCAGAGUACCCUGGAAAUGGAGGCGAAAUGGAAUCCAGGUAUACACCUCUAUGAUCCCACGACAGAUUAAAGAUGGACAACCAUGUGAUCAACGAAUCACAGGUAGCAUGGAUGGAGCAAAUAUUCCAGAUGUGACAUACAGAACAUGUGAUGUGUUGGGGAGAUAUGUGACACUGUACACAGACAUUGAUAAUAAAGGAACGUGUAACUACUGUUCGGGUUCAGUGGCCAUGGACUUCUGUGAAAUUCUUGUUAUGGCAUGUGAACCUAACGUCAAAUAUGGGUCUAACUGUAACAAGAUGUGUGUUGAUCGGAAAUGUGCUGACAAAGCUUCAUCCUGCAACAUGGCUGGCACCUGUCACGGAGGGUGCCAAAAUGGCUGGAAGAACCCUGAUUGUACUCAAUUUCAAGAUGUGAACGAAUGUAGGACCGGAGAGAGUACGUGCGACACCAACGCUGACUGCAAGAAUACACCUGGAUCGUACACGUGCAUCUGUCGAGAUGGAUAUACUGGAGAUGGACGAACAUGCACAGAUGUGAACGAAUGUAAGACCGGAGAGAGUUCAUGCGACACCACGCUGACUGCAAGAAUACACCUGGAUCGUACACAUGCACCUGUCGAGAUGGAUACACUGGAGAUGGACGAACAUGCACAGGUAACAGAAGUCGUGACCUUUCUACGAAGCAAGUAUUUGAGUCGCUGAUAAUAGUCUAUAUUAUACAAUGUAUAACUGUAAAAAAACACCCAAAUAAACAACACCUCCCCCAAACCCAAAUAUACCCCCCCCCCCAAAAAAAAAGAAAAAAAAAGAAAAAAGAAACCCAAUAAAAAAAUCAUACCAGCGAGAACUUUCAUACUCAGCAUUUGUAUUUUUAAAAAAUUCGUUAGUUUAGUUUUAUAUUGGCAAUGGUACUAGUGGCAUACAGAUAUUAGAUACUCUAUUAUAGUAAACAGACAAAACGUUACAACGUUGAUGAUUUUGUUUUCGGAAGGCAUAAGAAAUAUCACUUAGAACCAGAAAUAAAAAUAAAAAAAAUUAACUGCCAAUUCCUGUGUAUGUGAUAUGU